GGGCUCGGAGUGAAUCCCUAGCUCAGUGUGCUAGAGCGUUUUUCUCAAAUGAAUCCGCCUGUGUCUACUGUGCCGAAGGGAGUAUUACUGAUAUACAUUAAUAUGGUGGACACCAAACUGGGAGUAAACAUAAUUCCGUGAAUGUCCAGGUUGCCUGGUGGGCUGACAUAAGGGAGACAAACAAGAAGGCGUUGCAGUCGUAGUCGAUUGCGUUUGCUGUGGACAUGUUAUGUAAUAGAAGUAGGUUAGGUGAGUAAAGAUAAUCUCACCAUACUUACUGACUAUACCUGACCGAGACUUCAAUUAUUAUGAGAAGGACUGCUUUUGAAGAAAAGUCAAGGAAAAAGGCACCACAGCAGUAAAAUAAAUUCGGCUGCUACAACCCAAGAUUUGUGUGGAUAGCUGUCCCUCAAUCAAAGUCAGUUUUCCCAAUUGGUUGUAUCAUACUGGAUCCUCCAGCAUUUUCAACCCAAUGUCCAUGAAACCACAUGAACAAACGCUGGGAAGGACUUUCUGUUCCAUAGACCGAGUGAGUUCCGCAUCCACUUGCUUCAGUUAGCUUUGCCCCGUCUUUUAAUCCUGCUUUGGGAUUGAAAUGAAGAAGGUAGUUUACUGGUCUUCAGAAGAGGUGUCCAACUGGCUGGCAGAGGAAGGCAUGCCAGAAUACACAGAUUCCUUCCAGCGUCUGAACGGCGAGGACUUGCUGCAGCUGACCGAGGCUGACUUCAAGAAGCCCCCUCUGUCUCUGGUCUCCUCAGACAAUGGGCAGCAACUGCUCAACAAGAUAGAGACCCUCAACAUUGAGCACCACAUUGAAGCCCACAAGAAUGGGCACGCCAAUGGGCACCUGAUCAAGGGCAACGAUGGGGACGUCGGCAGUAAAGCCAAACGCAAUGGCAUGCCCAACGGCUUCCGCAAUGAGAUGGUACAGAUCCACAUGCCAAUGCCUGAGAAAUCACACUUCCCCAUGGAGUGGGGCAAGACGGCCCUGGCCUUCAUCUAUGCACUUUUCUGUUUUGUCUUCACAACGGUCAUGAUCUCUGUGGUCCACGAGCGAGUGCCUCCUAAGGAGGAAACCCCUCCAUUGCCCGACAAGUUCUUUGACAUUUUUGACCGGGUGGAGUGGGCUUUUUCUAUAUGCGAGAUUAAUGGCAUGAUUCUUGUGGCACUCUGGCUCAUUCAGUGGACUCUGUUAAAAUACAAAUCCAUUGUUGGUCGACGAUUCUUCUUUAUUGUUGGCACGCUCUACCUGUACAGGUGUAUCACAAUGUAUAUAACAACUCUACCUGUGCCUGGGGUGCACUUCAAGUGUUCUCCAAAGCUGCUUGGAGACUGGGAAGCUCAGAUGAGGAGAAUAAUAAAAAUGAUUGCAGGUGGUGGGCUUUCUAUCACAGGGUCACACACCAUGUGUGGGGAUUACCUGUAUAGUGGGCAUACAGUCAUUUUAACACUCACCUACCUAUUUAUUAAAGAGUAUUCUCCCAGGCGGUUCUGGUGGUAUCAUUGGAUCUGCCGGUUUCUCAGUGUUGUUGGGAUCUUCUGUAUUCUGCUAGCCCACGACCAUUACACUGUGGAUGUGGUGGUGGCAUACUACAUCACUACUCGACUUUUUUGGUGGUACCACACCAUGGCCAAUCAGCAAAUACUAAAGGAAGCCACCAAUACAAACUUUUUUUCCCGGGUCUGGUGGUACAGUGCUUUCCAGUACUUGGAACAGAAUGUCAGUGGGAUUGUACCUCGCAACUAUCAGCUGCCCUUUCCAUGGCGAGCGACCCCAUUCAGUAGAAACGUGAAAUAUACUCGGCUGGACACAUAACGAUGGCAAGAGGACUGAAGGACUGCCCAGUUGGCUCUGAAGUCACAGCGGUAUUGGGGAUGAUAUGGAAAGACCGCCUGAAGUGCUACGAUCUCGCCACGAGAAGAUGCCACAGUGAAUUCCUUGCUAGUCCUUAGUGUAAUGUUCAUUUUUGACUUGUUCCAGUAAAACUGGUCAGCACUGUGAUUUUUAUUUCCAAAGGAUUUAGUUUUUGGACAAACAUUUAGAACAUGCAUUGUGCAGUCAUUUGUGUUGAUCAAUUUUCUGUUUUGCCAUUAGCCAAAACCAUGCUUCUUUGUAAAUCUGUCAAGUUUUAAAUCCUGAUUUUAUUAAGCGACUAAUUUAGUCUCAUUAAUCUUAUCUGGAUAAAAAUGUGGUUUCUUUCCUACUAUAUAAUGCUUUUCAUACAAGGCUCCCAGUGAUUGGUUGUAAGCCUUUUCCAAGCAAGGUCUAUACUAUGUACAAGAAUGUGUUGCCCUAUAAGAUCACAGUGUAUUUUGAAAUUCUGUGUUGUCAAUGUGGCAGGCUUGAAAUUUUUGUUGUGGAAAGUUUUUUUUUUUUUUAUUUUAAACAAUCAACCUUUUUUGUAAAAAGUGAUUUUUCUAACGUAUUUUACAUGUUUAUUUUUCAAACAAAUGAUGACUGAUGUGUAAAGAAAAUCAAAUGGACUUUUAGAUUUUUACAUUUUGGAAAGAAAGCAAACGGGGGUUCAUAUGUUCUGUUUUCUAGUGCCUUUCUUGUAUUGAUUGUACAGUCUGUCGGUGGUCUCAUUUAAUGUAUUAUAUAUAUAUAUAUAUAUAUAUAUAUAUAUAUAAUAUAUAUAUAUAUAUAUAUAUAUAUAUAUAUAUAUAUAUAUGUGUGUGUGUGUGUGUGUACAUUUUGAGGUAUGGAAUUAUUUGGGCUUGAACAGUACAAAGAUCUGUUAAGAUGUACACAAUGGCCUCAUUUUUAUUUAACGGUUGCUUUGUUGGUAAAAUAUUACAGCCCCAGUAUAUUUAAACAUAGUGAAUGUACUUAUUUUAGCCUUGAAUAAUUUGUCUUCCUAAAAUAUUUAUAUCUCUAUCACCUAGUAGCCAUGAUUGCAGUCUGCUAAUAUCCGAUAAUGUGUUAAACUAUAUCGCUGAAGCUCCAGUCAUUUGUUGCAUCGUUGUUGGUUUUUUUUUUUUUUUUUUUUUUUUUUUUUUUUUUUUUACUGUGUUGCAGUUGGAGACUGGGAAUUGCACAGUGUUGUUGACCUUGUCCUUAAAACUCCAAUUUUAAUGAUAGUGUCUUGUAAUCUAAAGAUACAACACUACUGACCCAAUAUAUUGGCUCAGAUCAAUAGAUUACAGCAUUCUUAACUGAUGUGCAAGGUCAUUUUUAAGAUUUGAUACCGUGUUGUGUUGGUGUUUGGCUGCACUGUUGCUGUCAAAUGUCCCUACCUCUCCCAGGUCCCUUUUCCAUCAUUCCCUCAACCGCUGUGACAACCUAAUAAAGCACCAGCAGUUCACUUUUGCAGCACUGUAGACCUCUAUAAUGCUUCAGGAAAGGUAACUCCAAUUGAAGCAGUAGGCCAGUAAACUAAUCUUCUGUCUGCCCAUUUGUAUUAUGUAUUUUUUCAGUACAUUCCAUUGUCUGGAAAAAAAAAAAAAAGAAAACCAGUAGUGCCACCUACUGUAUUAUUCAUGGUAUUGCAGUGCAAGUCAUACUACAGUGAAGUGUCUUGCCAAUCAGUUUGACACACUAUAUCUAUGUAUAGUUUUGCAUUUUCUUUUAAAAUGUCAUUUUUUUGUUUUAUGAACACCUGGCUUUUAUUUUGGCUGGCAUUUACAUAAAUAUUUUUAAAGGUGCAAGCUCAAACAAUUAUUUAUUCUAAAACUUAUUUAACAAUUGUGUUUACCUUUACAAAAGACAUUGUUUGUUGCUAAAACCAAAUUGUUAACCGGUUGAUAGUCAAAGAAAAAAAAAAAUGUUCACAAUCAUUGAGCUUGUCAUAGCUGUAUGUACAGAUACAAUUUUUUAAAAUAUAAAUAGAACAGAAACUAAAACUACAAUGGAGCUACAGUCGUCACUUUUAACAAAUUUCCAAAUGACGAUUUCUCAACUGAUUUUCAGUUGCCCAUGUUAUAGUUGAGGGCAGUAAUAUUUCAUUUCUUUAGGGAAUGUAAUAUAUUUGUUCAAAUGGUGCAUGUAGGUUAGUAUUAUGGGGGAGUUCUAUCCAUUAUUUCCAAUACCCAAAACAAAUUAGUUUUUUAAUGAUAAAGUAUAUAUGAUUAUUCUGUAUUUUCUGUGACAGAGAAGUCCUUUUUUCAAGAUUUUCUUUUUUGUGUGUGUGUGUGUGUGUAUACACCAAGUGAUAUUUGUAUUGUAAAACAUCCAUGGCGAGGGAUGGAUAUUAAAAUACUUUUACAAAAAAAAAAAAGAAAAUCUUUAUUUUUUUUCCAAAACAAUUUUUUUUUUUUUUUUUUUUUUAAAUAAACUAAAAGGGUGCUGAUAUCAAAUAAUGGCUAGAAAUAUUCUAAGACUGCCACUAAUCAUAAAGGAACCCAGUAGCUGAUGUAUAGGGUUUUAUUACAUUACUAUAGGCACCAUUUUGCUAAAGAGUUCCAUUUUUGAGAACCAGUUUCACCAAGCAGUCUUGCAAUGUGACCAACAGGCUUUCUAAUUCCUCUGAACUGUACACCAAAGGCUGUUUCCACAUUAAGUGGUCCACAUCUGAAUAUGUCCUUAGCAUGUUUCAUCAAAAUUUGAUUAGAAUUUGAAGGCGAAAAAGACACACUGCACUUGUCCCCCGGUUAUAAUGCACAAUAAUUUAAGAUUGCCCUUAUUACGUUUUUGUCACAAAUAGGGAAGCCGGUCUCUAGAUACUGUGUAUACAAAACUAAAAUGACCUACAGAAAGAGUGUUUGCAGAUAGAAUACAUCUCUGUAUGUACUGUGAUCAUGAUGGAUUCUAUUAAUUGUGUUAAUCUUAAUUUUUUUUUUCACAAUUGGACUAUUGGUUUGCUAUAUGCAGUACAGUAUAUGUGACAUAUGGAUGUUGGGGGAAAUGUACAUAGGGAUCCUUUGGACUUUUUGUACAUAUUCCUGAAAUACUAUUGACUAGAUAAUGUUGUGUUUAUUUUAGCAUAUUAUGCAUAGUAAAACCAAUUUAAAAUAAUGGUUUGCAAAGUAACAUACUCCUUGUAUCCCAGUGAUAAUAAUACAUGUAACAGCAAUUCAAAAUUUGGUAUGCUCUACUGCCCUCUGGUGAUAUUUUAUUUGUAUCACAACCACACAAAAUUAAGUUACAGUACAUAUGUCUUGCAAGUGUGUACAAGUUUAGUGUUUUUAUUUAACUGGAUAACACUUUAUUGAACAUUUAAACCAUUCUAGAUGGUUACUUCUUUAAUGCAAAUGGUUCUGUUUUACUGUUGCAUCCAAGUUAACAGCACAUUUACAACAUGAAUUGAUACUGUAUGUUUGGGACUUAGAAGACAAUUCAGGAGCAGCCUAAAUAUUGAAGUUGACCUUACAAUGUUGACAAAAAAAAAAAAAAAAAAAAAGAGUCUUGUGGGUCAAAGGUUUUGGGAUGUAUACUGCGCUGUUUAGAUAAUAAAAAAUAUACCCCAUUAA